UUUUACACGUCAGACAUUUUUGUGUGACGUUAAACGUCAAUAAAAUUUGGUUACAGAAGUGGACCGGGAAUACUAUUUUACAAUCUAAGAUGAAGAUUUAUUUAAUUGUAGGCAUUUUAGCCUGCUUUUCAGCAGCAUAUGCUGAUCAAGAAACCCUGGUUUUAGUUGAUAAUUUAAACAUAAGGGAAACUCAUUCUCAAUUUUUCAAAUCUUUGCAAGAGCGUGGUUAUAGUUUAACAUUCAAAUUGGCUGACGACGCUAACCUGGUUCUAUCAAAGUAUGGAGAAUAUUUGUACAAGAAUUUGAUAGUGUUUUCGCCUGCUAUCGUUGAAUUCGGUGGUCAACUGGACACAGAGGCGAUUACCAAGUUUAUAGACGAUGGAGGCAAUGUAUUGAUGGCUGGAAACUCUGCUGCUGGAGAUGUUUACAGAGAGAUUGCUUCCGAGUGUGGUUUUGAGAUGGAUGAAGAAUCUGCAGCUGUAAUAGACCACUUCAACUAUGACUCGCUGGAUGAAGGAGAUCACACAAGGAUUGUUGUGUCGCCUAAGAAUCUUAUCAAUGCCCCAACAAUCACUGGAGUUCAUAACACCCAGCCCUUGCUGUUUGAAGGCACAGGGCUGAUUCUAGACAAGGAUAACAGUUUGGUUCUACCAAUUCUGACAGCUGAUAGCACUGCAUACAGUUAUAACCCUAAGAAUCAGGUUAAGGAAUACCCCCACGCUGUUGGUCGCAAAACAGUCUUGAUAGCUGCACUGCAAGCAAGAAACAAUGCCCGCAUCAUCUUCAGCGGUUCUUUAUUCUUCUUCUCUGACGAGGCCUUCAAUUCACCAGUUUCUAAAGUGCAUGGUGACAAAGUGAAAGCGUCAUUGUCUGGCAACAAAGCCCUCGCAGUGCACUUAAGCCAGUGGGCGUUUGGCGAGCGUGGCCAGCUGCGCGUGCGCCGCGUGUCGCACCACCGCGAAGACGACAAGCAGACCACCAACACCUACACCAUCACCGACUCUGUUGUAUACAGAAUUGAGAUAGAAGAACUAAAGAAUGGCAAAUGGCAGCCGUUCGAAGCUAACGAUGUCCAGCUGGAAUUUGUGCGCAUCGACCCGUUCAUCCGGACCACGCUCAAACGCAACCCCAGCGGGGUUUAUGAAGCAGUGUUCAAAGUGCCUGACGUGUGGGGCGUGUACCAGUUCAAGGUUGAUUAUGACAGGAUCGGAUACACCAGACUGUAUCAUUCCACACAGGUAUCUGUACGUCCCCUCCAGCACACACAGUACGAGAGGUUCAUACCAAGCGCGUACCCGUACUACGUUAGCGCCUUCUCCAUGAUGAUUGGCGUGUUCCUGUUCUCGUUCGUCUUCCUAUACUAUAAGGAUGAGACGCCAAAGACCAAGACGAGUGAAGUGGCAGUUAAGAUGGAUCCGUCGCGACGCCAGCGCACGCAGACCAAGGCCUCGGCAGAGGAGCAGGCGCUUGACCAGAUUGCCAAAGAGGCGGAGCAGCGACUGGCGGCGCGACGAGCGGCGCGUGCGGAGGCGCGAGAGAUCCGCAUGCGCGAACUGGAGCGGCAACAGCGCGAACAGGAGGACCAUGCCGACAAGGCGUAUGACAUGUAUUCGGAGACGGUGGGGCGCCGCGCGGGCUGUCGGCUGGCGGCGCUGAGCCCGGCCAGCGCCAUGCACUCCCCGCGCCGCAGCUCCGAGGACUCGGAAGACGUGUUGAGCAUUAAAGACCUCAGGCAUGAACUCAAAGAAGUGGAGGAGAAGUUCCGGAAGGCGAUGAUAUUGAACGCGCAGUUGGAUAACGACAAAGCUGCGCUCGGCUACCAGUUGGAACUGCUUAAGGAUAGAAUAGAGGAGUUGCAGGAGGAAUACGCGCAGUUACAGCGCGAGCACCGCGAGAAGUGCUCGAAGCACGAGCGGCUGCGGCGCGAGCACGCGGCGCUGGAGCGCGAGUUGGCCUUGGCGCGGGACGCCGUGCGCGCGCGCGACGCGGCGGCGGCGGCGGCCGGCCGCGCCUUCGUGGACGCGGCCAGCGCGCCGGGUGCGGGCGCGGGCCCGGCGUGCGGCAACGUGCCCGCGCUGGCGCUCGUGUCGCACGAGUCCGAACAGCUGCUCAGCGAGGCGGGCGAGGGCACGCUCGACGUCCGGCUGGAGCGGCUGGUGAGUGCGAAGGCGACGCUGGAGGGCGAAGUGCGGAAACUGAAGCUCCAACUGAACGACGAGCGGGCCGCGAGGCAAAACGGCGUCGCCUCGCAUUUGGACCGCGAUCACGACACCGAACUGGAGACGCUACGCAAAUCAGUCGCUGAGGCGAAAGGCCGCGCGGCUCGAGCCGAGGCCGAGGCGGCCUUGCAAGCGGCGGCCGUGGCUCGCCUCGAGGCGCAAGUGGCUCGGUUGCGCGCGAGGCAGGACCACCAAGACGAGCACGAGGAGAUGCUUAAGCAGGAGCGGAGAAAACUGCAGAGAGAGGCGAGAGAAGCUCUCAACCGAGUUGAGGAACUGGAGACGGAGAAUAGCCACCUCACGAAGAGACUCGACAAGCUCAAGAACGCCAAGUCUGCGCUGCUCAAGGAACUGUGACAGGCCUGCGCGAGCGACGCCGCCUGAUUAGCCUAUAGCGACAUAUACACAUCGAUAGCUUUUUCGUUUUACCACGGCGCUUAUUUAAUGCGCCCCAAAGCCAAUUAUUCACCGGUAAUAAAUAACAUUUCACUAGUAUAAAUAGUUAAAAAAAAGUUCGGUGCAUUAGGAAAGAGCUUGUACGGCGAAUGCGAGUGACGCGGCGUAAAGGCGACAGAUAUUCCGAUCGUUAACACAAAUAUUCAAUCCGGUUAUUCAUUGCAUUUCAAUAUUAUAAAUAACAAAGAGAAUAAAUAUGAAUUGAGUGCAUUAAGAAACACCCUACAGCCAGUGCAGGAGUCGCGUGGCUGCGGGAUUUGUCACUAUUUGGGUCAUUCAUUCAAAUACUCUUAAUAGGUUCAUACGACCCCACUGAUCGAGUAAACCUAUUAAUAGUUUUCCAAUUUUAUAUCACUAUUGUAGUAAAUUGUAUAAAAUUUGAAUAUUGUUUAGAGACUCUCUAGAUAUGAUUAUAGAAACCUCCAAUGUAAGAUGGAAAAAAAAUUCGCGCGUGAGAGGAAACUUCCGGGUUGUAAUGUCAUACAAUAUCUAUGAAUUUAAGAAAAUCCAUCCAUGUUCACCCGGACUUUUCCCGCCCCAGCGUCUGUGUGUUUAGUGCUUUAUUGAUCAAUUAGGUUUCAAACGAUUCUCCUCUUUCUACACCAUACGUAAAGUGCAUAUUUUCUUACUUGUCUAAAUGUGUA